GAGGCGAUUUGCAGUCCACUUUGUCACAACUCUGCCUUCCAACUCAUCACCGCUCUACACCUCAGUGCAGCCGAGCGCGGCCGUGCCUUUCAACCAUGAGGCUUGGUGCUGUCCAUUUUGCCAUGCUGGUCGCCGGGGUGUCGUUUGCCUGCUAUUCCCCGAGCUUAAAUUCUUUGCAGGACCAAGCCUAUCGUUCAGCGGUGGUGAUCGAAGGCAAAGUGCAGUCAGUCCCAAAUCAUACCACCGAGCCUCACAGUGUUAAUGUCAAAGUGUUGGACGUGUGGCCAGUUCAUAGCGGGGGUCUAGCGAGGGAUCAGCUUGUCACGAUCGGGGACUUUGCAUCAGAAACACCAUGCAUCCAAGUAAAGAAGAACCAGAAAUAUAUCUUUUUCAUGGAGCCAACAGAUGAGCCGUUAGUAUUCAAGACAUCAUUUGCUCCACUAGACACAGGCGGAAAGAAUCUGAAAAAAGAUAUUGGGAGGAUCUUGUGUGAGGACUGCGCUGUUCCUCCAAAGCUGAAGAAACUGAAGAACCAAACUCUUUUGGAAGGACAAAAGCUUUCUCUGAAAUGUGAAGCAGUAGGAAAUCCUCGACCCACUUAUAAGUGGUUCAAAGAUGGAAGAGAGAUAAAGAAAAACAAAGAAAUCAGGAUAAAAACUGGGAAAAAAAACUCAAGACUUCAAAUAAAUAAACUGAAGGUGGAAGAUGCUGGGGAAUAUACAUGUGAGGCUGAGAAUGCAUUAGGCAAGGACACUUCAAAAACUACCAUUAAUGUGCAAGCAGCUGCUACAACUACACUAUCACCUGAAUCUGGACAUGCUAGAAGAUGCAAUGAGUCUGAGAAAUCCUACUGUGUCAAUGGCGGUGUGUGUUAUUAUAUUGAUGGUAUUAAUAAACUUUCUUGCAAAUGCCAACCUGGAUUCUUCGGACAAAGAUGUUUGGAGACUGAGCCCUUGAGAACGUAUAAACCUGAUCUAAAAGCUGAGGAACUGUAUCAAAAGAGAGUCUUGACCAUUACUGGCAUUUGUGUUGCUCUUCUUGUCGUUGGAAUUGUGUGUGUAGUGGCAUAUUGUAAAACAAAAAAACAAAGAAAGAAAAUGCACAGCCAUCUGAGACAAAAUCUUUGUGUAGACCAUCAAAACCGAAACCUUGCCAAUGGACCCAACCAUCCUGGUCCUCUCCCAGAAGAUAUUCAAAUGGUUGAUUAUGUUUCAAAAAAUAUCCCAGGUCCUGAACACGUGAGACGACAUGAAACCGAAACGUCAUUUUCUGCGAGCCAGCCAUCAUCGACAUCUCAUCACUCUUCCACAGCUACACGCACGUCCAGCCAUAGAAAUGGUGACCACACAUGGAGCCUAGAUCGGACUGAGAGUGGAACUUCAGAAAUGCAUUCUGGAAUGAUGACAUCAUCAUUAGAAACCAGUAAAUGUAACAGUCCCCUGGAACCACGAGGCAGAUUAAGUGCGGUUUGUAGUCACCAUGACACAAGGCAUCCAAUCUUCCAUUGCAGGGACUCAGUGGAUUCUCUCAGAGACUCACCUCAUAGUGACAGGUAUGUGUCUGCCCUCACAACACCAGCUCGGUUAUCGCCUGUUGAUUUGCAUUACUCUCUCCCUUCAUAUGCGCCUGGUUUUGAGAUGUCUCCCCAUGGAUCUACCCAUGCAACAUCAUUGCCUCCAGCAGCAGUUGGAUAUACAGUGGAAGAUGAACAGCCUUUGUUGAGAAGAUACCACAAGUACCAACAAGACAACCAGAGACACGACCCCUACAAGCAACGCCACAGCUAUCUUCAUGACAGCUUUGGAAGCCUACCCCCUAGUCCAAUGAGAGUGGCAGAGGAUGAUGAGUACGAAACAACACAAGAGUACAUCCCAGCAUUAGACAGACCAAAGAAAGCGGCAAACAGCAGUAGAAGAUGGAGAAAAACAAAACCAAAUGGUCACAUUUCACACAGAUCUGAAUGCGAUUGUGACUCAAACUCAGAAAGUUGCUGCUCUGACACUGAUUCUGAUGGUGAGAAAGCAGGAGAGCAUACACCUUUCUUAAGCACUCAGAACCCUCCAGCAGCAAACAUAGAAACAGCGUCAGUAUUCCGGUCUUCUGAUAGUAGGACUUACUCAUCCAAUAGGCACAAUGUACGAGAGGACUUACACACCCGAAUGACGCGUGUAAAAUCAAAUCAAGACUCGACCCCUGUGUAAAUGCCAUAGAUCUGCAACUGUAAAAAAUUUUAUUUUAUAUAAUUAUCAAAUAUUCUAAAAUUAAAUUAAACAUUUUAUUUUCAUUUUAGCAAAGUUGUCUUACAGCUAACAGGAAAGUCUUUUAUAGGAAAACAUGUAUUUAUAUGUAAAAUAUGAUUUACAGUUAAAGAUGAUGGUGUGCCAGAUUUUCACAUCAUAAAAAGGAUAAUAUUGUGGUGCCUUUUGCUGUAUGCUGAUACCAGAUUUCCUGCUGAUGUUUCAGUUUUUUAAUGUUUCUACCUUGGACUUGUUAUAUUAUACAUUUCGAUUUUUUGUUUUAUUUUUACCAUGGAUUUUCUUACAUUUGGACAGUUAUAAUUCUUUGAAUUCUGGACAUGGACAUCUGUAUCUGAUAUUAUUCAUCUAUGUACUGGUUCCUGCAACAUCAAGUGACACCUUGGCUGAACUCAAUUUUAGUUGAUUGGGAGGACAGUAUAUAGUUAUAUUUAUUUUUCUGCCCUCUAACAGAUUAAUAAAUAUUUCUUACUUUUAACCAGAAGAAUAUAACAGCAAAGAUUAGAUUAAUAUUUGCAGCCCAUCUCAACCUAGGAAUUUACCAGGAUAAGAUCCCUUGGCACCAGAUUGGCAGCAAGUUAUCUGACUCUACUGACAAUCACACCAACAUAAAAAUUAAAAGGUCAGUGCAAACCAAACGUGACAUUUAGACGUCACUUAAGAAUCUGCAACAUUUGCAGUUAUUUGAGUUUUCUUUAUCAGUAUUCUCAACUGUUUUCACCAGAAAAGUACAAAAGCACCAUUUGACAAAAACAUCAGACCACUUUCAUUUUAAUGUUAUUUUCAAAUAUAUUUUGAAAAUGGUCAGAUUGGAAACUGGGAAUUAAUAAGCAACAACUUUGUGGUAAUUUGUUUUUGAUGGGAUUUUUGCAACAUGAUUUUGCAUGUCUUAACCAUUCCAAAUGGAUUGAUGCAUGGAAAGCUAGGAAUGAAAGAUUUAACAUGUUUUUUAAUGAACUGCAUAACCUUUCAUCUCUUGUCCUUUUUAGUGCAGGUUUAUUAUGGGUUCUGCAAAUCUUUUAUUGGUACAUUUCAACUGUUUGCCAUGCAGGGCUGUGAAAUAUGGAAUUAGCAUUAUCCAUUUUGAAAUAAACCUAUAUUCUUUACUUUCAAUGAACCCCAAUGCUUGGUGUAAAACACUGCAUGCCAAACAGCACAGGGCAUAAAUCUAUAACAUACAACUGAGGAAACACAGUGCCCACAAUUUAAUGAUUAAUUGUUUUCUCAAAUUCCCACAAUGUAUUCAUCUUCAGCAAAGUUGUGAGAAGGCCCAGCAGCCAGCUGUGAAGAUUCCAUUUAUAUUACUCCUUCUACAAUUGAUUUGCCUCAGAAAUGAUAAAGCAUAAGGCAUAAAGUUGUGGCAUCAGCUUCUUUUCUUUAAAGAAGAAGGUACAGUGUGUGACUUUUAAAUACUUUAUUUAAAGUUAAUUGUUGCCUUUAGUUCUUCAAAAGACUGUGAUCAUGUGUAUUAAAAAUAAGCAU